AAUUGGGGCCAUAUCCAACAUCAACAACAAAACUCAAAAUCAACUGUUGAAUUCUUACAGACUUCUAAGCAAAAGCUUAAUUUUUCUGAAGCAGAGAAAGAGAGGAAAGAUGGCAGGCACUGCUGGAAAGGUCAUUCGUUGCAAAGCUGCUGUGGCAUGGGAGGCAGGGAAGCCACUGGUGAUCGAAGAAGUGGAAGUGGCUCCUCCUCAGGCCAGUGAAGUUCGUUUGAAGAUCCUAUUCACUUCUUUGUGCCACACUGAUGUUUACUUCUGGGAGGCUAAGGGUCAGAAUCCAUUAUUUCCUAGAAUUUACGGUCAUGAGGCUGGAGGGAUUGUGGAGAGUGUUGGUGAAGGUGUGACUGAUCUCAAACCAGGCGACCAUGUCCUCCCUGUGUUCACUGGGGAAUGCAAGGACUGUGCUCACUGCAAAUCAGAAGAGAGCAACAUGUGUAGCCUCCUCAGGAUAAACACAGAUAGGGGAGUGAUGCUUAAUGAUGGAAAAUCAAGAUUCUCAAUUAAGGGCAAGCCUAUUUACCACUUUGUUGGGACAUCUACCUUUAGUGAGUACACUGUGGUUCAUGUUGGCUGUCUUGCCAAGAUCAAUCCCUUGGCCCCUCUGGACAAAGUCUGUGUUCUAAGUUGUGGAAUCUCCACAGGUACAGAUACGUUAAAAACCUUAUUCCAAAACCCUUCUCUGAUUCUUUUGUUUCUCUGUGUAUUUAUUGAUAAAAAUAUUUCAGGCCUUGGUGCCACUCUGAAUGUUGCUAAGCCUCCAAAGGGUUCAACAGUGGCUAUCUUUGGAUUGGGAGCUGUAGGCCUUGCGGCUGCUGAAGGAGCUAGGAUUGCUGGGGCUUCAAGAAUCAUUGGUGUUGAUGUGAAUUCAAAUAGAUUUGAAGAAGCAAAGAAGUUCGGAGUGACUGAAUUUGUGAACCCACAACAUCACAACAAACCAGUUCAGGAGGUGAUCGCUGAGAUGACAGAUGGAGGAGUGGACAGAAGUGUGGAAUGCACAGGAAACGUCGACGCCAUGAUUUCUGCAUUUGAAUGCGUGCAUGACGGCUGGGGAGUUGCUGUCCUUGUUGGGGUGCCACACAAAGAAGCAGUUUUCAAGACCCACCCCAUCAACGUUUUGAAUGAAAGGACUCUCAAAGGUACUUUCUUUGGAAACUACAAACCUCGCACUGACCUUCCCUCAGUUGUGGAAAAAUACAUGAACAAGGAGCUUGAACUUGAAAAGUUCAUCACCCAUUCAGUCCCAUUCUCAAAGAUCAACGAGGCAUUCGAGUUGAUGCUCAAAGCGGAAAGCCUUCGCUGCAUCAUACGUAUGGAGUAAUAGAAAAAACCUUCAUCUACCACUUGAAACCAGGAGGGAAGCAAUCUUAUAUCAUAUGAUUGUGUGUUCUAUGUUUGCAGGAAUGUAAUAGAGCAUCUUCUUUUCCACACAGAAUUUGUACAGGAAUGUACUUGUUUGUACGAUAAAUUGCCUGAUGUUCUAAUAAAUAAUGAAAAGAAGUGUUUCCA